CCGAAAAUGGAAGGAUAAUGUACGGUCCUUUUCACCCCUCACGGCAGAGAUGCAUCCGCCCACAAACACCUCCGACACCACCGAAGUCCGGCGAGCUCUCGCCCGCUGCCACGCCCUCCGCGACCGCCUCCUCCACUCCCUUCCUCCCUCGAAGCUCUCCCCUCCCGCCCGCCUCACCCUCCUCCGCCUCGUCGACGCCGAGCUCCGCUUCCUCUCCCGCCUCUCCUCCUCUGCCUCCUCCCACCCAAUCCCCAGUCCCCUCCCCACCAACCUCGGCUACCUCGAAUCCAUCGCCCGCGUCCUCCUCCACCCCUCCGUACUCGCCGUCUCCCGCGUCUGCAAGCCCCUCCGCCCCUCCUCGGCCCACGUCGACGUCGCGGCCAUCCUCGGCCGCGCCCCCGCUUGGUUCCUCGUCUCCGAUCGAAACCCCCACCACCUCCCCUGGUUCGGCCCCAAGGGCCUCCACGCCCGCGUCGAGCGCGUCCUCUGUGCCGCCCGCUCCGCCGGCGCCCUCGCCCCCGCCUCCGUCCUCUUCGUCUUCUCCAGAGGCCUCGCCGAUGAAGCCGCCUCGAGAAUGGCGGGCGACUUCGGCGCCGUCGAGAUCGACUUUUUCGGUGGUUCGGACUUGUUCGAGGAGUUGGAGGAGGAGUGGGUGGGUGUGAGAGCCAAGGAGAGCAAGGUGUUUGAGAUAAAGAUUGAUUCGGGCUGUGGGGAUGAUGGAGUUGUGCCGUUGGGAGUUGUCAAGGAUGGAGGGGAAUUGGGUUCGGGGGAUGGCGUUUUUGGUUCUUUGAUUUCGAAGAUGAGUCCUCCGAGCCGAGGGGAGCCCGUGGAGGUGAUAAACUUCGAUACGACGGCUUUGGUUGCGAUGGUUUCGGGGAUCAGCAAUGGCGGUUGCGAGCGGUUGCUGAAGGCACCGGAGGAUGAGAUGAGAGCGAGAUUUAAGAGCAACUACGAGUUCGUGAUAGCACAGGUGAUGUCUGAACUUCAGAAUCAAAUUCUAGCAGAACUAGAAAUUGCAGUAGCUGGAAAGAAAGGUAUUAUCUGUGAAAGUGUUCAUUCAGAGUUUAAGGAACUUGUUUCAAUGUGUGGAGGAGCCAAUGAAAAGUUGAGAGCUGCUCAAUUAAUAAAGUGUCUCCUGGUCGUGCCAGACAAUCCUUCAGCUCGUGUGAUGGGUCUUCCCACAACAAGAAAGAUAGCCUUGAAGAACAAGAUUGUUUUUGGGACAGGGGAUCAUUGGCAUUCUCCGACUUUGACUGCCAAUAUGGGUUUUGUACGAGCAAUUUCACAAACUGGUUUGUCUUUGUCGACCAUCGAACAUAGACCGCGUGCGCUAACGGGGGAUUAGUGUCUUUAGAAUGACAGCUUUAUGAGGUCCAGAGGUGCGGAGGUAGUGGCAUUGUCGUGAACCAUGGCAAUAUGAAAAGAAGGACAACAAACAUGAGAUAUUAGAUACCUAAAAUCCAGUAACUUGCGUAGCUGUCUAGAGGUUUGAAUUUUCCGAGCAACCUGCUCAAAUUGUUUUCUGGAUUUCAACUUUAACGACUUUAAUACAUAAUCAGUCUUGUGCUUCAAAACUUAUAUAAGUUCGUCUUAUAAUCGAAAACGCUAACAGUUAUUAAAGCUCCAAGUAAGGGUGAAGUGUGGCUCUGCUGUUGCUAAAAAUAAAGCCAAGUCACUUCCUUAUAUUGAUAAAAUUUAGACAAACAGUAAUUUUUAACAGACCUUUUCUGGUUUCAAGAUGUAUGACAAUGUCUGUGUUUUUCAUCUUAUUCUCAUUUCCAUCUUGCACUUUGGUAAUCUUAAAAGAUGACAGAGAGAUACUGCUUGUUAUUUAUAUCAAAUAAAAAAAGGCUCGGAAUGGAGAUACAUAUAAAACUAUGCAGGGCAUUAGAAACUCAAUUAUGGAAUAUGAGAUGGUCAUUAAUGUAAGUAUACACACUAGGACCGAGUAUAAAUUAAAUUUGAGGGAAGGAAUGAGUGAGGGAGAUGCUCCACAAACUGCAGGAGAAAUCCUCACUUUCAGAGUUCGUCAACUGCUUGGGUGCAUAUGGAUUCCCAGUUCUGUCGACUGAGAAGAAUUAAAUCCGCUAUGUUUCAGUGGUAACACCGAGAUGGAUAUCUUGUUUGUUGUGACCGAGGGGUCUCCGUUGUCUUGACCAACAGCUAGUGCAUCUUAAUGAUGGUUUACUUGUUCAUCAAUUUAGAUGCUCUGUUGUUCAUUACUGUACAUGAUCAGUAUUGCUGUAAAGGUGAAAAUGUCCCAUGCUUGAUUCAUUGAACCAAGAUUGUCAUUGGUGGUUCCAGUGGAGCCAGCAUGUUCAAUUGUGAUACGAUGCUAACCGAUGUAACUGUGAAAUGAUGAAAAGAGAAGCGAAGUUUUUGGGGCUUGUUCA